AAAAUAACAAGUCCCCUAUUCUAGUUGGACAAGACGGUAGCGGUGGCCCACACCGCCGGCCCACCACCGAAAGCCACCGUGUCACACACACGUAUCUCAUUCUCAUCUCUCAACAGGUAUCUUUUCCCGAUUCCAUAAUUCCAAAUGGCAUUUUCCCCGUUUGAACCGGUGAACCUCUUUUCCAGAUCAUAAACAACUAAAUCCACAACCAUAAUCCCAUAACAACUUGUACCUCCCGCAUCAACACUUGGACAUUAAUCUGGAAAAUAGACAGUUUUGUAACGGAAAAGUCCGACCUUUGAAACGCGUAUCUAGAGACUUUUUUUUUUCCCUUUGCUUUAAAUGGCGAAAGCUGGAGAUAGCGGGAACAACAACAGCGUGUAGCUUCCGCCUUCUGCUUGCUUGCUUCCACUACUUUCUCUCUCUUUCUUUAGAUCUGCAGUUCAUUUUCUCAGCGUCAAGUCCAUAGAGCAUAGAGCAUCUUAGAUCACAACAAUGACUCCACCUAUUGAGGCUCAAACCAAACACACCGAGUAUCAUCACCAUUCACAUGCUCCUCUGAAUGAAAGAAUACUCUCAUCCUUAAGCAGAAGAUCAGUUGCUGCACACCCUUGGCAUGAUCUUGAAAUAGGUCCAGGAGCACCAACGAUAUUCAACUGUGUGAUUGAGAUUAGCAAGGGUAGCAAGGUAAAGUAUGAGCUUGACAAAAAAACAGGACUUAUCAAGGUGGAUCGUGUCCUAUACUCAUCAGUUGUGUACCCUCACAAUUACGGUUUUGUCCCUCGUACUCUUUGUGAAGACAAUGACCCUCUUGAUGUCUUGGUCAUCAUGCAGGAACCAAUUCUUCCAGGGUGUUUUCUUCGUGCAAAAGCAAUUGGUGUGAUGCCUAUGAUUGAUCAGGGAGAGAAAGAUGAUAAGAUAAUUGCAGUGUGUGCUGAUGAUCCUGAGUACAGACAUUAUAAUGACAUUAAGGAACUCCCACCACAUCGAUUGGCUGAGAUUCAUCGCUUUUUUGAAGACUACAAGAAGAAUGAGAACAAGGAGGUUGUGGUCAAUGAUUUCUUGCCAGCUGCUGAGGCUAUUGAGGUUGUCAAACAUUCCAUGGAUCUGUAUGCGGACUAUAUUGUGGAAAGCUUAAGGAGAUAAAGGAGAGAGGAUAUAAUGAUGAUGUCAUAUAUAAAGUCAAGUGUUACAAGUUCUAUAUUAUAUUUUUGGGCAAAAAUUGCACAUUUCCAUGUGUGCCUAUAAUAUGUUGUGUAAUCUAUAUUAUCCCAUCGACAAUGACGACUAUUAUGAAAAAAAUACUUAAGAAAAAUUACAUAUAUAUAUUCUAUUUUAUUUUUUUAUAUUUUUUUCCCAUUCAAUGUAUUGGCAAUGUGUAACAGUGUAAGGGAAGGAGUUUUUGUGCACUUUGAAAUUUGAUAUACUGUUUUUUGUUAAUUUGAUGGUGUAUAAAUUGAUUUUGUUCAGUGAAUACGAUGAUUCUUUUUAGAAA